CUAUAUAUAGUACGUUGAGACUUGCGAGAUGUGGAAGCAGCUAGAUAAAGCAACAAAUAAAGGAUAGGUAACAUCGAUCGUGAUCAUCUCCGAUCAUAUAUAGCCGCUACUCCGAUCGAUCUGGUCCGUCGCGAAUCGUUCGAUGGCUGUCGCCGGUGGCAACCAUCAUCCACCAUUGUUAGAUCCCCAGCUGCUGAUGGCUGCUCGACGCGGCGACAGUAAGUUGCUAAAGGAACUGCUGCUGCUGCCGCGGCUAAAGGCGGAAGACGACAGGGAGGAGGAAGACGCACAAGAAGGGACGACGACGAGCCCCACCACCAGUGCCGCCGCGGGCAUGUCCUCCAUGGCGGCCAGCAGACAAGACGUCGUCGUCAUUGUACAAGUGGAUCCUCGCCGGCCUCACGACGACCAUGCUGCCGCAGCUGCACCCUCCGCUGCGCUUCGUGAGGAUGGUGUGACCAUGGAGGGGGACACUCUGCUCCACGUGGUCGCAGCAUGCGGUGACAGCCCGGAGUUCCUCCACUGCGCCGACAUGAUCGUCCGCCAGGACGACGAGGACGAGGGGAGGAAGAAGAUGGGCGUCCUGCAAGCGCGCAACCGCAAUGGCGACACGCCCCUGCACUGCGCCGCCGCCGCUGGCAACGCCGACAUGAUCCAACGCCUAGUUGAUCUCGCCGCCGCGACCAAGGGCGAGGCGGCGAAGGAGUUGGUGGAAAUGCAGAACCAGUGCGGGGAGACCGCCUUGCACCAGGCGAUCCGCGCCACCACCAGCAGGUGGAACAAGUUGGCCUGCAUCGACCGGCUCAUGGCCAUGGAUCCCGAGCUGGCCUGCAUCCCACGCGAGGAGGGCGCUUCCCCAUUGUACCUGGCCGUCUCGCUCGGUGAACUGGAGAUUGCAACGCACCUGCUUCACACGAGCAAAGGCAGGCUGUCCUACUCCGGACCGCAUGGACGAAACGUCUUGCACGCAGCGGUUUCGUGUGGCAAAGCGCUGCAAACAGUUUUGGAAUGGCUCAAGGACGUGAAGACAACGGCCGAGAUACAAGAAGUAGUCGAACAAGGGGAAGGGCGCAGCUCGACGAAUGGUGGUGGUGUGGCGGCAGCAGCUGAUAAUAAUCAUCUCCUCUCGAAGCUCACCAGGCAAAGGGACAAGCAGCAGAAGGGGAGCACCCCUCUUCACUUGGCUGCAUCCUUGGAUGGGUGGCCGAUGGCAGGGUUCCUUUUUGGAGUGUUUCCACAAGUUUGGGCGGCGUCAAGUUCUGCCACAGCACUGCUGCUAGAUGCUAACAAAUCCAUGGCAUAUCAGGUGGACGAUGAGGGGUCGUACCCCGUACACGUUGCUGCUUGGUGUGGCAGCCUCGAUGCGGUGAAGGCGCUGCUGCAAACAUGUCCGGACUGCGCCACCCUCCGAGAUGGCAGCGAAAGAACUUUCCUCCAUGUUGCUGUUUCGACGGAGAGGCACAGUGUGGUUAAGCAUGUCUGCAAAACGCCAGAAUUGUCACCGAUUCUCAAUGCGCAGGACAAGAACGGAGAUACUGCGCUCCACGCCGCUGUCCGUGCUGGCGACGUUGCUCUCUUCAACUGUUUGUUCCGGAAUCGGCUGGUACGCUUGGAUUUGGCAAAUAAAGACGGGAUGACACCUCUUGAUCUUUCCUACAGCAUGAUCCCUUCUUCACCAUUUCAUUAUCCAUUUGUAAGUGCGCUAUCAUUUCCCCUCCUUCUCUACACUAGUACUAGCUCAAAACUAUCUAAAAGUAAAUUUCAAUAGUAAACUUGUUCUGAAUUCUCACCUAGCUCUAUUUUCAAAUUGCUUGUUCAAUGUCCCACACUUGGUAAUAUUAUGUAAUAUGACACAAAUCUGGAUCUUCA